AAAAAAUGUCAAACCAACUUAACAAAGCAACCCGCAAUCAUCCACAGCUCUCUCUCUCUCUCUCUCUCUCUUCUCUCUCUCUAAAACUCAACUCAUUUCUUCCAUAGAUGGGGAGAAUAACGACACUCAGAGAUUUCAUAGGCGUUAUCAAGGACAAGGCUUCACUAUCCAAGGCAGCUCUACUUCCCAAACCAAACACCCCUUCUCUUUCACUCCACCUCGCACUCCUCCGAGCCACCACCCACUCUCCCUCAACCCCGCCUGAAGACAAGCACCUCUCCACGCUCCUCUCUCUCGGCGACAGCUCACGCGCCACUGCCUCCGCCCUCAUCCAGUCCCUAAUGGACCGCCUCCACCGGACCCACCACUCCUCCGUCGCCCUCAAGUGCCUCCUCACCAUCCACCACAUCAUCAAACGCGGCCCCUUCAUCCUCCAGGACCAGCUCUCCAUCUUCCCGGCAUCCGGCGGCCGCAACUACCUCAAGCUCUCCGCCUUCCGUGACGGCGCGUCCGCCACCACGUGGGCCCUCUCCGCGUGGGUCAGAUGGUACGCGCGCUACCUCGAAACCUUCCUCUCCACGUGCCGAGUUCUGGGUUUCUUCCUAUCUUCAACCUCGAGUAUCGUGGAGAGAGAUAAGCAAGAAGAGAGAGUCUCGUCAUUCACGAACCUUGAUUUAAUUAGAGAUGUUGGUUCGCUGGUUGCAGUGAUCGAAGAAAUAUGCAAAGUACCUGAUUCUAUCCUCGUUGAUGACAACAAAUUAAUUAACGAGGUGGUAGGUCUGGUGGGUGGUGACUAUUUGUCUGCGGUUAACCAAGUUUUGAUACGAGUCACCGAGUUUAUGGAGAGACUGAGUUGUCUGAGUUUCGGUGAGUCGGUCGAGUUGGUGUGUGCUUUGAAGAGAUUAGAGGAUUGUAAAGAAAGGUUGAUGGGUUUGUUUACUAGUAUUAGGAAGGCUUCAAUGGAGACGUUGUGGGGAUUAAUUGAAGAGUUGAUUGAUAGAAUUGGGAUGAUGAAGCCGUACACAAGUGAUGGAGGGAAGUUGUUAACUGUGGGAAGGGGAAGUGAGUCGGCUCGGUUUGGAGACCGAGUUUUGAAUCAGGGUGACUCGGUUCGAUUCUCCUCUGUAAGGUUUGACUUGAACUAGUUUUCCUUUUUAGUGACUUGUGUUUGUGUUUGUAGUUAAAUUCAUUAUUAAUUUCUUUUUGUAUAUCAACUUUUUUAAAUGUAAGCAUGGUAACAUUUGUAUAUAGGAUUGGUGAUUUUGUUUGAAUUAAAUACUCAUUUUUAAAUUUA